AUGUACACCUGGGUGAGCAAAGGCUACCUGCUGUUAGUAGACGUCAGUCAUGAGCUGCAUGUGCUUAUCGCAGCGCGAGCGCAGGGGAAACAAAAUAUGAAAUGCAUAAUGGCGUUUGCUCACACCUUGACCACAUCGUGGCUUUUGAUCCAGUAUUUUGUCGUAGUGGGUUCAUGGCAGGCGGUUGAGGUGAAGCCGUCAGUGUUUGUGCGCGCGGGGUCUUCAGCCGAACUUUCAUGCACCUAUAAUACACACGCCUCUGAAGGUUUCACGUUGGAAUGGCGUUACGCUGAUCCAGGAACUCCUGCUGUCAAAGCCAACAGAGUGUUGUACUACAAUGGCAAACUGUACUGGGUGAACUCCUGGGAGGGAAGAAUGACUCUGUUGCAGAACCCUCCGGUGAUGGGCGUCGCCUCUGUUAAAAUCAUCAGCGCUCAACCUUCAGAUGCUGGACUCUAUAUAUGUGAGGUCACUAACCCCAAUGACUGGUCUGGUAGUGGACAGGGUCUGAUCAACCUCACAGUGAUGAUGCCUCCAUCCACGCCAGCUUGCCGACUGCAAGGAAACACCUACGUGGGGAAUGAUGUCACUUUGAGUUGUCAGUCUUCUCAGGGACUCCCCACACCUGUUUAUUCAUGGCACAGAGAGCAGAACGCACCCCUUCUAUCACCAGACAGUUUUGUGGAAGAUCAGCGCUCUGGUUCUCUGAUGUUACACAACCUGUCCAAUGCCUUCGCUGGCACCUACACCUGCACAGCAGUCAAUGAGCUUGGCCAAUCAGCAUGCAGUAUAACCCUCCGAGUGGCC